GGCACUUGGAGGCCUCUACGCAAGCAAGUGGUCUUCCAGAAGGACUUCUUAGCUCCACACAAGAGUCAGUAUGGGGGCCGGCGCGAGCGCCGAGGAGAAGCACUCCAGAGAGCUCGAGAAGAAACUGAAGGAAGAUGCAGAUAAAGAUGCCAGGACUGUCAAACUUCUGCUGCUAGGUGCUGGUGAAUCUGGAAAGAGCACAAUUGUCAAACAGAUGAAAAUUAUUCACCAAGAUGGUUACUCCCUUGAAGAAUCCUUGGAGUUCAUUGUUAUUAUCUACAGCAACACAAUGCAGUCCAUUUUGGCCAUUGUGAGGGCCAUGGGCACACUAAAUAUUUCAUAUGGAGAUGCAGCUGCACAGGAUGAUGCAAGGAAGCUGAUGCACUUAGCUGACACCAUUGAGGAAGGCACCAUGCCCAAAGAGUUAGCUGACAUCAUUUUAAGGUUGUGGAAGGACUCGGGCAUCCAGGCAUGCUUUGACAGAGCUUCAGAAUACCAGCUCAACGACUCCGCUGGAUACUAUCUGAAUGACCUGGAAAGGUUGAUCAAGCCUGGCUAUGUCCCUACUGAGCAGGACGUACUGCGAUCAAGAGUCAAGACCACCGGUAUCAUCGAGACCCAGUUCUCCUUUAAAGACCUCAACUUCAGGAUGUUUGAUGUGGGUGGUCAGCGUUCAGAGAGGAAGAAGUGGAUCCAUUGUUUUGAGGGUGUGACCUGUAUCAUCUUCAUUGCUGCUCUGAGUGCAUACGACAUGGUGCUGGUGGAAGACGAUGAAGUGAACCGAAUGCAUGAGAGUCUCCACCUGUUCAACAGUAUUUGUAACCAUCGCUACUUCGCCACCACAUCCAUCGUGCUUUUCCUCAACAAGAAGGAUGUUUUCGUGGAAAAAAUCAAGAAAGCUCACCUGAGCAUGUGCUUCCCUGAUUAUGAUGGUCCCAACACCUUUGAAGAUGCCGGUAACUACAUCAAGGUGCAGUUUUUAGAUCUGAACCUGAGACGGGACAUCAAAGAAAUUUACUCCCACAUGACCUGCGCCACAGACACAGAGAACGUCAAGUUUGUGUUUGAUGCCGUAACGGACAUUAUCAUCAAGGAAAAUCUCAAGGACUGCGGUCUCUUUUAAAGAGGAGUGGCUUCUUGAUUCUUCAACAACAUUCAACAAUGACACGCUGUCCCUUGCCCCAAGUAGCCUAUUGUCGAACAUGUAUACAGGAAUUGUCGAACAUGCAAACACGGGAACAGAAAUGAUUAUAUCUAAGGAAGGAAACCUUGUUGUUGAGACUUGCAUUUGAUUAAAUAGACACCUAACUAAGCCCAAUACAUAUUCUUACACUGUAAAAAAAAGUGCAGCAUAUUUGUCAAAUUAACAUAUAUUUUGAUGUUACUUUAACUUAAAAAAUUAAGUUGAACAAAAAAAGUUAAAAUUUAAAAUAGUACAAUGAAUUGACUUGCAAAACCAAAUUAUUUUAACUUUGUGCUGCAUAUUUGUACAAUUAUUAAUUUACCUCAUUACAAUCAAGCAGCAUCGCCCACUGUGAGGAACUGAAUUUAGUAAAACUGACAUGUGUGUCUGGCUCAGAUUUUGCUUUUUCAC